AUGGUGCCUCCUCCCUCCAGUGAUCAAGGCAACACAAUCGAUGCUGCUGCCGCUAAAUUCCUAUCAGAUCUCGAUAGCCGAACUCAGUUAUCGCUAACGGCUUUUGUUCGACAAGUGCGUGGUCAAACACUCACAGAUGGGAGGCCAAACAUAGCACUAUAUGAAGUCCCCCUGCCAUCUAAUUCCAGUCCGCAAAGUCUGUAUCGCCAAUGGAACGAGAUUGCCCGCGAAGGAGUACGCCCAAAGUGGACUAACAAUGCCACGCAGGUUCAACUGAUACGGCCACCAAACCACAAGAGCGCCAUCACGAACCCACAAAGCGUUCGCCGCGAUAUUCGUAAAGGGCAGUGCGAUGGCAAGUAUCUCGUGCUCAACGAGAGUGUGCUUCAACUCUGGCCAGAACUUGUUGUCAGCCCCGUCGGCGUGAUCGACAAGGCGGGUGACGACACUCGUAUGAUCAACGAUUACUCCUACCCACGUGGGUCUUUAGUAAACGAAGUUACUGAUCGAGCCAACUUCCAGUCCAUUUCGUACAAUCCACCUCGGGAUAUUGCACGUCGCAUUUACGAGCUGCGGAUCCAGUACCCGGGCAAGAAAGUACUCAUAAUGCUCGGAGACAUCUCCGGAGCUUUCCGGCACGUACCGGUUCGAGAAAAUGCAGUGUACAGGUUCACAUUUGUGUACGAUGGCUACGUAGUCGUCGAUUUGUCCUGUGGUUUCGGCUGGUGUGGAUUGCCGGCCUUUUAUUCUCUGGCAGGCUUAGUUAUCAACGACCUGUACGAAUCGACAACCCUGACGGAGAAGUCGGGCCACGAACUUGGCCGUCUGCACGGUAAUCUUUGGUGUGAUGAUCACACUUGUGUAGAGGUCAACCGAAGCCAGCGUUGCCAGGCAGCAAAUUCAGCUCUACGACUUGCAAUGGCUACCGUUCUAGGGCCCGCCGCCAUCAAUGACAGGAAGGUUACAGCUUGGACACACAAAACAAAGCUCUCGGUUUGCUCUGGAACACAAAAGACGGUACUGUGUCCAUUCCAAACGAUAAGCUGGACAAGGCAAGCCGUCGCCUUAACGAACUCGCCACAAGAGGACGAGCUACAUGGACUGAGCUCAACAAGCUACUUGGUAUUAUGAGGCAUGUGAUGACGUGCUUCCCGCCGGCACGAGCAUUCUACCAGCGUGUCCAUGCUGCAGCAAUCACCGCGCCACUGUUCGGCAGUCGCAAAAUGGAAUCGGAACUGUGAAACAAAAGCAGCUUCUACUGUCUGAGAAUGGCUGAAGUCAAUUAAUCCCUGAUACUGAACUCGAGCGGAGAGUGUGUCAGAGCGCAAAUACGAGAUUUGGCAAGAACAUGUACACCAGGAAAAAAAAAUGACGCUGGAGCUGCUUACCUGACAGUACCUUUCGAAAACAAAAGCCAUGGAAAUCUUCACAAGCUCUCUAUAACCUUGUCCAGCUGAACCAAAUACUACAGAAAAAUGAAUCAAAAGAGCUGUGAAAGCGGCGGCUUGACCACAGCUGAACGGCAUCAUCGCGUGAAGCCAUCAAGACCAAACUAUUGCGGGAACUGUGAUGCCUUCGAAGAAGACAUCCAAACUCGUCGUCUCUGCUGUCUGUUAUGAACCAUACUGCGGGUGAACUCGGUCUGUCGAAGGACAUGAGCGCGGUGAUAGACGGUCGCAACUACUUUAUCCGGCGCAACUCACGGAUCGGGGAAUAUCAUACUACUACAACGAACUUCACCCUGCUGCCAGCUAUUCAUCUCGCUGGGUUGAGUUGCUAAAGCUUCACGACGAGACAGCGAGGUAGUCCUGCCGGCAUCGGACUCGCCGACCGUGCUAUCGGGACGUCCACAACAGCUAAAGCAACUCUCCGCGAAGACGAAGCUCUAGAUGCGACAACAGAAUUUGGUCAAGAACAGUAAGAAAAGUAAUCAACCACCGACCAGUAAACUACUUGUUGCUGCA